AUGGUUGGUCGCUCCCCCAAGCCCAAGACCGACGGGACAUCCCUCUCCCGAUCCGAGUUCCUCUUGCACACCUCUAUUGUCUUUGCAGCAAGCGUCGUCCUUGUCAAUACCUUUCAUGGCGAUGGCGAACCUCUUGCCGCCAACGUCGCCCUCGCUUUGAUCGGCUUCUCCCUCUGCCAUUCCAUGGUGCGGUGGCUCGGUCCCACCUUCAUCAAGGCUGGCUUUAAGGGUUGCGACCUCUCCAAGCCCCAUCGCCCUGAGAUCCCCGAAUGUAUGGGUGCUGUUUGCGCUGCCGUAUACCUCCUCGUCCUUAUCGUCUUCAUUCCCUUUCCCUUCUACAAGGAUAUCGUUGCCGCCACUAGUGGUGGUGGUAACCGCGAUGUCGUCUACCAGGUCGAGCACGUACAGCAGGGUCGCCUCCUUCACCGGUUCCCGCAUAGCAAGCUGGCCAGUUACCUCUCUGCUAUCAUCUCCCUACAGACCACCGCCCUCCUUGGUAUCGGCGAUGACCUCUUCGACAUCCGCUGGCGUCACAAGUGGUGGAUUCCCGGUCUGGCCGCCAUCCCCAUCUUGGUCGUCUACUUCGUCGACUUUGGCGUCACCUCCGUCGUCCUUCCCAUCCCUCUCCAGCCCUAUCUCGGCGAACUCUUGGACUUGGGGCCCUUGUACUACGUCUACAUGGCCUGCGUUGCCAUGUUCUGCCCGCAAUCCAUCAACAUGCUGGCCGGUAUCAACGGCAUUGAAGUCGCCCAAUCCCUCGUCAUCUCCUUCCUCCUCGUCCUCAACGACGCUUUAUAUCUCCUGACCCCGUACCCUCACCCGGCCACCGAUUCGCACCUCUUCUCGCUCUACCUCCUCCUCCCCUGGAUCGGAGUCUCCGUUGCUCUUCUCCUCCACAAUCGCUACCCCGCCCGCGUCUUCGUAGGCGACACCUACUGCUACUUUUCCGGCAUGGUCUUUGCCACCGUCGGCAUCCUCGGCCACUUUUCCAAGACACUCGGCCUUCUCCUCGUUCCCCAGCUCGCCAACGCUGCCUACUCCGCCCCCCAGCUGUUCGGCCUCGUCCCUUGCCCGCGCCACCGCCUCCCGCGCUUCAACCCCCGCACCGGCCUCAUGGAACCCUCCGUCACCACUUGGCCGCCCGGCCGCCAGCCUCGUCCCCUCGUCGCCGUCGCCCUGCGUCUCUUGGCCCGCUUGCACCUCCUCCGCAUCUCCGAGGAUGAGGACGGCAACAUCACCGAGGCGAGCAACAUGACUCUCCUCAAUCUCUGGCUCGUCUGGCGUGGGCCCCUCCGCGAAGACCGGCUAGCACUGGAAGUUACUAUCCUCCAGCUGGUCGUCGGUCUCUUUGGCCUCUUCGCCCGCCACUGCCUCGCACUUCUUAUCUUUAAGGAAGAUAACUGGGCUCUCGCUUCAGCUACCGAAGUUUCUUCCUAG